CUCAGCUGAGUGCCAGGUCCUGAGGCCUCCUCCACACAGGCCCUGUUGUUGUGCUCUGAGGUGGUGAGGGAUCAGCGGGGUGUUGCUCCUGCCUCUGAGAGCAGCUCGGCCUGGUUUGGCUUUGCCUGAGCUUCCCUGUAGGCAAAAGGCCAGGCAGAGAUUGUUUCUGGCUGAGCAGGAGGCCGUGACCUCGCGAAUGAGUAGGCCUCAAGGAGCUCCUGCGGGGCCCAGCUGCUGUGGGCACGGCCAAGGUCAUCUCCAGCACUCAGCCUGUCCUAAAGGCUGAGGGACCUCAUUCCUGAGGCCAUCACAGUAGCUUAUAACAUGAGCUGCUGCUCCUGAAAGGCUGAAGGGCAUUGUUUAGGCAAAGCCCUGCUUAAAGCUGGAGAUCUGGACUCUGCUGGAAGCACUUUGCAAAUAUUCUUCCUGUUCUGGAGAAGGCAGCUGAUGACAAAAAUUGAUUCCAGAACCCAAGAUGCCUUUGAUGUUUGCAAGGAUGAAAGCUUGUGUUGAAUGUUGCAGAGUGUUCAUUGCCAAGAACAGGAAGGCUUUGUUUUUCCUGCUGCCCUUAAUGUUUAUAGACACCAACCACUUCUCUUGGUUAGAGUUUUCUGAUCCCUGUCUCCUCUGACUGUUGCUCUGUGUGCUUAGAUUUUACUUCAGACUUUUAGUUUUGUGCAGGCCAUCUGUGCUGCAGGGCUGCUUGUCUUGCUGCUGUUGUUUUUGAGGUGGUGCUGGUGCGGUGGUGUUGUUGUUUCCCGACUGACUGAGUUGAAAGGGCCCAGUGUCCCGGAGAGUGGGGCUGCCUUUGUGACCUGCUGCAGGGUAGGAUUUCUUUUGAAGUGAGCAUCUUUCCUUGGGAUUUUUACAGAGAUGCUGGUGAGUGAGGGAGAUCCUGAGACUAAAUACACAGAACUGGAAACUAUUGGCAAAGGGGGUUUCGGCACUGUGUGCAUAGCAGUGGAGACUGCCACAGGAGAAGAGGUGGCCAUCAAGAAAAUUAGUCUCCUGCAAGAGAGCAGCAGCGAGCUGUGCCUGAAUGAAAUCCAGGUCAUGCGUGGCACUAAGAAUGCCAACCUUGUGAACUAUGUAGACAGCUACCUGGUGGACGAGGAACUCUGGCUGGUGAUGGAAUACAUGGAUGGAGGUUCUUUACAUGAUAUCAUAAGGGAGACUCACAUGGCAGAAGGAGAGAUAGCAGCUGUCUCUCGGGAGUGCCUGCAAGGCCUGGAUUUCCUUCACUCCAAUCAAGUGAUCCACCGAGAUAUCAAAAGCCACAACAUUCUCCUGGGCUUGGAUGGAUCAGUCAAGUUGGCUGAUUUUGGCCUUGCUGCUCAGCUGACCACUGAGCAGAGCAAACGGAGAUCAGCUGUUGGGACUACUUACUGGAUGGCGCCAGAAAUUUUCACCAGGAAGCCCUACGGCCCCAAAGUGGACAUCUGGUCCUUUGGCAUUGUGGGGAUCGAGAUGGUGGAAGGAGCGCCUCCGUACCUGAUGAAAACCUCCCGCACGGUUCAACAGCUGAUAAGCACCGGGGCCCCCCCGAAGCUGCAGAAGCCCAGGCAGCAGUCGGCGUGGCUGCGAGACUUUCUGCACUGCUGCCUGGAGAGGGACGAGGACAGGCGCUGGUCUGCCCAGGAACUUCUGCAGCAUCCGUUUGUAACAUCAGCCAAACCAGCCUCCACCCUGACACCUCUGAUCAUGGCCACGCAGCAGUUCAUGGCUGACAGGAGAUUCUAGCCCUGGAGGAGGCCUUUGUUGUUGUUUGUAGUUUGUAGUUUGUAGUUUAUAGCUUGUAGUUUGUAGUUUGUUUUGAGCGAUAGUCAGAAUAAAUACUAUAAUAAACAAACCCUUCGCUGUGUUGGAAGCUUCCCUUUGUUCUCACCCUGUGAAUAAGCUCUAAAUUUGC